GCAGCAGUAUCCCCCUACCGCCUCUGCCUUCAUGGUCACACUGAGUGAACGUUGAUCUCAGACGCUGCUGCCGCCGCCGCCGCCGCCGCUGCUGCUGCUGGGUGGAGGCUUUACAGACAUUUCGCCUAUUGACUGUCGGUCUUGACACAUUUUCUUCGGGAAACCUUUUCAUUUGGCCGCAAACCUCUGUCGCUGUGUGGUGUCCUAGCAGUGCGAGGUCUGAGGGGGAAGCCAAGCAGAUCCUGCCCUUCCUCACUGGAGUGAGAACCACAACCAUCUCUAGCCACAGAGAUCAUGACUUCCUCGACCAUGCAGACAUCUGCUCUUCUCUACCUCUCCUCAGUCUUCCUCCUGUCUCUACUUAUACCUGCCUGCUCUACCCAAAGUGAAGCAGACGUCAUCGUUCAAACACAUACUGGUCGAAUCCGUGGAAUCCACAUGCCAGUGCCAGACCGAAGCAUUGUCACAGCCUUCCUGGGCAUCCCUUUUGCUGAGCCACCUGUUGGAAAGCGCCGUUUCCGUCAAGCUGAGCCUAAGCGUCCAUGGACAGGGGUGUAUGAGGCAAAUUCCUACCCCAAUGCCUGCUAUCAGUUUGUGGACACAACAUUCCCUGGUUUCCACGGCAGUGAGAUGUGGAACCCCAACAGGGAUAUGAGUGAAGACUGUCUUUAUCUAAAUAUCUGGGUGCCCUCUUCACCUAGACCACACAACCUCACAGUCAUGGUGUGGAUCUAUGGAGGAGGAUUCUACAGUGGCUCUUCUUCACUGGAUGUGUAUGAUGGCCGUUACCUAGCUCACAGUGAGACAGUCAUUGUGGUAUCUAUGAACUACCGUAUCGGAGCCUUUGGAUUCCUGGCUUUGCCUGGUUCAUCUGAGGCUCCUGGCAAUGUGGGUCUGCUGGACCAAAGGAUGGCACUGCAGUGGGUACAAGACAAUAUCCAAUUUUUUGGUGGAAACCCAAAACAGGUGACUAUCUUUGGGGAAAGUGCAGGUGGCGCUUCUGUAGGAUUCCAUCUCUUGUCUCCAGACAGCCGGUCUACCUUCACCCGUGCCAUCCUUCAGAGCGGUGUGCCUAACUCUCCCUGGGCAUCAGUCAGCCCUACAGAGGCCCGCAGACGGGCAACGCUGUUGGCAAAACUGGUUGGCUGUAAUGGAGGCAAUGACACUGAGUUGGUGGACUGUCUACGGAGUAAAGCCCCACAGGACCUGAUCGAUCAGGAGUGGCAGGUUUUACCAUGGUCCGCCCUCUUCCGGUUUUCUUUCGUGCCUCUUGUGGAUGGCGAUAUUCUGCCUGAUUCUCCAGAGGCUAUGCUCAACUCAGGCAACUUUAAAGACACUCAAAUCCUUCUCGGGGUCAACCAGGAUGAAGGCACCUACUUCCUGCUAUAUGGAGCACCAGGCUUCAGCAAGGACAAUGACAGUCUCAUAUCUAGAGAGGACUUCCUGGAAGGUGUCAAGCUCAGCGUGCCACAUGCUAAUGAUAUUGGCCUGGAGGCAGUGGUGUUGCAGUAUACUGACUGGAUGGAUGAGAAUAACGGGGUUAAGAACCGUGAUGAGUUGGAUGACAUCGUGGGAGACCACAACGUCAUUUGCCCACUAGCCCACUUUGCUCGCUCCUAUGCCCAGUACAAUGCACAUAAGGCUAACUUAGGUGGAGCUGGGCCUGGGUUGGUGAACAGUGGAGGAAACUCACAGGGAGGGGUCUUCCUUUAUCUGUUUGACCACCGAGCAUCUAAUAUGGCGUGGCCAGAGUGGAUGGGUGUGAUCCACGGCUAUGAGAUUGAGUUUGUCUUUGGCCUGCCACUGGAGAAGAGACUCAACUACACCCUAGAGGAGGAGAAACUGAGUCGGCGCAUGAUGAGAUACUGGGCGAACUUUGCACGAACUGGAAAUCCCAAUGUGAACCAUGAGGGGCUCGUAGACAGCAGGAAGCGUUGGCCUCUGUUCACUGUCAGCGAGCAAAAACAUGUUGUACUCAAUGCUGAACCACUGAAGAUCCAUAAAGGUUUGAGGAACCAGAUGUGUGCCUUCUGGAACCGCUUUCUGCCACGCCUCCUAAAUAUAACUGACAACAUUGAUGAAGCGGAGCGUCAGUGGAAAGUGGAAUUCCAUCGCUGGUCCUCCUAUAUGAUGCACUGGAAGAGCCAGUUUGACCACUACAGCAAACAGGAGCGUUGCACUGACUUCUGAGGGAUGAGAGAAUAACUGUGAGGGGGGAGUUCAAACAAAUUAUGUUCAGUUUUCUCCAUAGCCCCUUAUUACAUGUUAAUUCCUUUAUUUUAUUUUGAAUAUUCUGUGUUUUACUCACAAAUACAGGCAUUACAGAAUGUUAUUUAUAUUAUUUAUACUAUUUAUGUUUGUAUAUUUCUCUGAAUUUGUGUGUCUUAGAAAGUAAUGGGCUAUGGAGGAAAUGUUUUAUCUGCAUGAAGGAAUAUUAACUGUAUCAAAGGGUUUUCAUUACCUCGGCUGUGUGUGUGUGUGUGUGUGUGUGUGUGGGUGUCUGUUUGUCAGGUUGAACUUAUCUUAACUUCUCAACAGGCCUGUGACACUGUUCUACUGCUGUUUUACAAUCAUGUGCUGUAAAAGCAGUUUUCUCUUUUGAAGAUUCCUUUUUUUUUCUUUCUAGAAUUUUUAACGUCAUUUUUGUCUCAUGCAUCUGUUACGGUACCUUUAAUCUUAUUCUUAUAUGACCACCAUUUCCAUAUUCAAGUAUAUAUAUAUGCAUCACAAAUCUAAAGUGAGUCAGUGUGUUUAAAAGUAUGUAAAAGUUUAGAGAAUACAGGGUCAACUGAGCUAGGUCUUCAGAAAAUCUGAAAAUUGUGUAAAAUGUCAAUCACUAUCCAUUAUUAUUAAUCAUUUAUAAUCUGAUGCUACCAUAAGUACAAUUUUGCAAUUUGGUGAUUAAUACCUCUCACAUUGUAUAUUCUUCUAUAAUGAUCCUUUUCUUACUUAAUUGGGAAGCAUAUUAUUUCACAGAUGAGUUUCUUUAAUGCUGGGCUGUUGCCAACUAUGAUGUUAUGUUGGAUUGUGAAACCAGGGCAGAGACGAUAUUGUUAAAUGAAAUUUAAAAAAGAACCACAGUGUGACUUCAAUUAAAUAAAUAUAUUGUUUAGGCCUUAGUAUAUAACUAUUAUUAAUUUGAAGUCAACAAAUCAACAACUCACUAAAGAACCCAGUUUUUCUGGGUGAAUUUUGGAGAGGUCCAUAACAGAAUAAAACAGCAUUUAGACUUAAAACUACGGAAGCGUAUUGCUGCCACAAGUACAAAAAAGUGGGGUGCUCAGUAUUACGUUAUAACGAGAAAACAUCACGUUAUUUCGAGAUAAGAUUGUUUUCUCGUUAUAACGAGAAACUAUCACGUUAUAACAAGAAAACAAUCUUAUCUCGAAAUAAUGUGAUAGUUUUUUGUAUGUGUGGCAGCAAUACGCUUUUGUAUAAAACAAACUCAUUUAGGUUAGUCACUGAAUAAAUAAUACAUUACUUUUGUUAUUCACUAUGUAAUAUCACUAUCUAACUCUACUUUUAAGUCUAAUCACAUGACCUUUGUCUUUAUAACAUGUAAGCCACAGCCAUGUUUGGGAGCAACACUGAAUAGCUGUGUGACGAUGUGUGUGUCUGUGCCAUGUACUCUGUCUGUCUGUUCAUUCUGGUCCCACAGCUACACAUGUUGUGAAGAGGAAUUAACCUUCCUUUUUCUUCACCUCCAUCUUUUACCACCAACUACCACUACUGUCCUUUUUUCCUUCACCUUUUUAAUCCUCAUCUCCACUUUAUCUUCAUCUCUAAUCAUCACCCACUCUCUUGUCUUCUCUACAGUCUUCCAUUCAUCCAUUUGUCUUCUCAUUUUUUUCGUUUUCUUUUUACCUCAUAUCUUAUUCCUUACCCCCUCUCCCAUGUUUUUCUCUUAACACUUGACCAAACCUCUCCUCCUCCUUGUGUCUCAUUUCCUUGCUCAUCCAUCAUUCAGCUGCAUCAAUUUCCCCCUUCCUCCCACCUCCUCCUGUGCCAUGUCCUUACCCCCUCUCCCAUCUCGGUCUGUACUCUGGCUUUCUCGUUAGUCUAAUGGAGGCAAAGUAAUUCACUCAGCAGCAGGAUAAUGUGACAGUGCACUGGCUCAGCCUCUGGCCUGCCAACCAGUGCACAAUGGAUGGAUGAAAAAUAGAAUGGAAAGUGCAGAGUAACAAGCAAGGAGAAGCAAGGAGACAGAAAAUGAAAGGGGGGACAGGGGAAGUGGAUGAGGCAGAGAGAUGGGUGGUGACAUGAAGGAACGACAAAAGGAUAGAAAUCCGGCAUUAUAUAACAUUUUGACCUUGGAAGCUUUCUGGUAACAAAAACAAACAUGCACAUGUGUAGAUACAACCCCGAACAAAAAAUGUGGUGAAGAAAACACUGACCUUGUCAAUCAAAAAAAAUUCCAUUUAUUGGGGGUCCAAUGUUGCCAAACAUUACUGACGGCAAAUUAUGACAAAACAUCCACUUCCUAAGAUAAAAUAUUUACAACAGAUACACACUGUGUUGAUACAUGCUAUUGUCAUAUUUACGCAAAAUCUGUUCUCCCCUGUUGUGUUUCAAGAAUGAGAUACUUAACUUAUCAUCUUGUGAGACAUUGAGGCACAUGUUGCAGGCACUGUAAAGCUAUGCAUUAAAGUUGAAGAAAAAUAGACUGUGUCAGGACUGUAGUAGCUCUCUAUCCAUACAUUAACAGUGGAAUGUGUAUCAUUUGUCUUGUCUGCGUCCAUCACCAUUAAUAUCACUGUAUGUGUUUGUGUGUGUGCAUGUGCUGUCAAACUCUUAUUUUUAUUUGAACUCUGGAAGGGGAAAUUGAUCAUUGGCUAAUGGCUAACCCAGCAAAGUGUCUCUUUUGGCAUGUAACUCCCAUUUAUGGACUGGAGUAUUGUAGUCUAGCUUUAAAAAUAACUAAAUAGGAAUUAAGGCUUGUACCUGAUAUAUAAAUAAGUGAAGAGUGCAUGUGUGACAGGCUGUAUGAGCUGCAGCUCCUCUCAUCCAAUGGGAGACCCUGCUUCAAAGUCCCAUACCUUUCCUUACCUCAUCAAAUCCUUGUGCAUGUCCCAGAGCUGACUGUCCCUUGUAUAUCCAGCCAAACGUGGACUGUUAUUUCCUGUGAAAAUUUGUACUUUUUAAUGAAACUGUUAUAAGUUAUAUAUCUUUCAUGUUAGGUACGUUCAAUGUUAGCAAUAACGUAAAUGCAUCGUUAAAGGAAUAUAUUUGAUAUUUAAAUCCAGAGAAAAUACAACAUGAUAAAACAACUACGGUGGGUAGAGGCUGUCUUUUUUAAAAGCAAUAUUAUUGACAUCAUAAAUCAAACAUGCGUGCCAUAAAUCUUUGUUUUCUGUCCUCUGCCUCAUUGUUGUUUCUUUCAGUUAUUAGUACUGUAAGUGAUGAAGUAUGGCUCUGUAUCAUGAAUGCUGAUCUGGUUAAGGCAACAGAAAUAAAGACAAUUUGCUGCUUA